UGACAGCUGGGGCUGGUGGGGAGGGGAGCAGCGGGGUCAUCCAUCCAUGCGCCCCUCUCUCGCGGGACUGAGACAAGUGCGUGGCCUGCCGGUGGGACAGGGACUCUCAUUAUAGUGGGAGAAAAACAAAUCCUGUAUCCCUGGUAGUGUCGAUUUAGGCCUAGGUAGUGUAUAUAUUCCGGUGAUGCAUAUUGAAUGAUUAGUUAUUUAUUUGUGUUCAAUUGUGCACUGAGUACUGCACCUUUGAAAGCAGCACAACUUUAGAAAUACACUUAUUCAACUCCACAGUUUUAUUUUACUCAAAGACAAGAACAGGUUUUUAAAGCACUUAGAAUGAGAAUACCUAAUAAUAUUACCAGUAAUGUAGAUUUAACUAGUAAACAGCACAUUUCUGAUUCAUAACCAAAUGUCACAUAUGGGUAUGACAUAAUGUGUGUGGAUGGAUUAUUUAUUUAAACACUUCAAUAGCUCAGUAGCCUUCUUUUCAAGGGAAGAAAGUGUAAUAUCACUGUCAUUAUAAAGACACCCGAUGUUUCACAUUUACCUGAAUUUGCUGAAGAUGUAUACAGUAUGUUAGAGUGUUUUUUUUUUUUAACCACUCUAGUUAUGAUAUGUUGUUGAAUUCUUAUCACACUUUGCCACGAGAGGGCGAUCUAUACAUAUGAAAAGAGCUACAAGUGUUUUGGAUGCUGCUCUUACUGUGGGUGUUAAUCAAGUCCACUUAUAUUUGCUGGUUUUGGAGAAUAAAGGGUAUCAAAUGCAGAGCUACAUGCUUUUCAGAUACUCAGAUGAAUUGACGUUAUCUAAUUUGCCUAGUUGAUGGGAUGUUAGCUUCAAAGGCACUGAUUUAAAGUAUGUUUUUAAGACAUAAUCCCUCAAUGAGAUGUAUCUAUAUCCUUCAGGGUGUUGAGGUAGACGACCUUUGUUUUGAUCCUGUAGGUAAAGAGCAGUCACAUCCCGUCACAGCAUGCCACACAAAGCCUAGUGCAGUGUAAGCAGUUGGUGAGCAGAGAGCAGGGCUGUGCUGUGUGGAACAUGCUGGUGGGGGGCAGACAAUGCAGCGGUCUGAGGCCUGACCAGCCCUCAGAGGGACAGGGGUCGCCUCACUGCGACAACAGCCCCCGUCUCCCUCCCUUCUUUUUCUUUUUUUGAGCACCACAGCAUGGGCUCGGGGAGGACGCUGAAGUUCGCCCUGUGCGAGGUGCUGCAGUUUGCAGGCCUGUGCGUGCCGCUCUUCAUCGUCAUGCAGAGGUUCGCCGUCAUCGUAGCUAAGGUCAAAACGUCCGCACAGCCCCCCCGAGACGGCAGCACGGCCUACUGGCUGAUCGUGGCCUCCUCCAUCGCCUACGUCACCUCCACCGCCCUGCUGGUCUGGGUACCUAUGAAGUACAUGGUCUUCGUCAAAAAGAAGUUUCUCAUUGGGAGGAAGAAGUGGAGGCCUGUGGCCCUCGUAUAUGUGAUCCUGUCCACAUUACCCUGCUUUGCCUUUCUCAUCGCCAGUUCUGAGGUUCAGAUAAAUAACAACAUGAAGUAUGAUACGUUCACGGAGCUCCCUGUGUCACUAGUCCUCUUCUCCCUCAUCUGUAUUGACGUUGUGGAGAGGAUACGCCACUGCAGACUGACAGGCCAUGCUAAUGACAUGGAGAGAGAUGCCGACAUCCCCUCAACUGUCCUCACACAUGUGGAGCAGGUAACCCCGGUAUCGCCUAUCACCCCAGCUGGGCCGGGGCCAGCUGUGCCCGGGCAAGCUGGGCAAAAUCCUGGGCAAAAUCCAGGGCAAAAUCCCAUGCAAAAUCCCAUGCAAAAUCUCAUGCAAAAUCCCAUGCAACCGGGAUCAGGCCAGCGCAAUGACAGGAACCAGAACGGUGCAGGGACUCGAUCCGAAGCCAACGGGACUGUCCCGGGGAUACAAGGUCACCCCGGGAGACCAUUUAGCAUCUCUGGAUUGAGCUCACGAUCUGCGAGCACCACAGCGUACCACAUUUCUCCGUACGAAUACACGGGUCCACUGAGAUUCCUGUGUGCCAGCGAUGCUCGGGCGGAUGUGUUCGUGGACAGCUUUAUGUUCUGGAUGGAUACCGUGGAGAUGGUGAGGGUGGCAGGGCACCCCCUUGUCUAUUACUCAGGCUGGGUGUUCCCCAUCUACAUAUUCAGCUACCUGUCAUGCCUGCGGGUCGUUGUCAUGCCCCACAGCCCACUGCUCUCCUCACUAGGAGUGGCCUUGCAGGACUUUCCGUUCUUCUUUGUGCGCGUCGGCCUCAUCGCCUUCUUUGGCUUCGUCACGCCCAUUCUCUAUCUGAUGAAGAACCUGCUGGUCUGCUUGGCGUUUGUUUAUUUUAACUUCAUGACCAAACUGAGGGUCUUCAACACAGAGAGGAUGUUCUUCUGAGACUAGCACUUCAAGAAAAGACAUAUACUAGGAACAGGCACAAUCAGGAAUUGAAGAGGUGGUUGCACUCUUUAGUUAGAAAUUUGCAACAAAAAAGAGACGGUUGGUCCCAAUGCAUGAUGGUACUUUUCAAGUGCCAAAAAAGUGCUAUUAGGCUAUGUUUUCCCAAAAAGGACCUUAUGUGUUACUGUUGUGUUAUGUAUCAUUUAACUUUUAUGUUCAAACAUACUUAUUACCCCUCUAAACCCCUCACCAAGCAUGGCACUUUGGGAAUGUACCUGUAAUAUCAUUUGAGAGUUUAUAGCAGAUUUUUUCUACCAUGAUAAAGUGCAGUGAAUGUGUAAAAAAAACAACCUAAAUCCAUGUUGUUUACAUUGGGUUUUUCUUUGCCAAGUUAUAUCCAGAAAGGAAAAACAUAG